GUGGUCCCGCCCCUUGUUGCGAGAUUUCCGAUUGGGGGAGGCUUACGAUGCUCCGCCCCUCGGCGGCCCGAGCAGCCGGAAACGAGCAUGGCGGCCUCUGGGGCCGCGGCCACCGAUCUAGAGGUGAUCCGGGGCAAGCGCGCCGCCCUUUUCUUCGCCGCGGUGGCCAUCGUGUUGGGGCUACCGCUCUGGUGGAAGACCACGGAGACGUACCGGGCUCCGUUGCCUUACUCCCAGAUCAGUGGGCUCAAUGCCCUGCAGCUCCGGCUCAUGGUGCCCAUCACUGUAGUGUUUACCCGUGAUUCAGUGCCCCUGGAUGACCAGGAGAAGUUACCCUUUACUGUUGUGCACGAGAGAGAGAUCCCUCUGAAAUACAAAAUGAAAAUUAAAUGUCGUUUCCAGAAGGCCUAUCGAAGGGCUUUGGACCAUGAGGAAGAGGCCCUGUCAUUGGACAAUGUGAAAGAGGCAGAAGCCAUGUUAGCUGAGCAGAAGGAACAAUCAGAAGGUUCCCUGACUGUGUUUGUGAUCUCUGAACACUCCUUACUUCUUCCCCAGGACAUGAUGAGCUACAUCGGACCUGAGAGGACAGCAGUUGUGCGGGGGAUAAUGCACCGGGAAGCCUUUAACAUCAUUGGCCGCCGCAUAAUCCAGGUAGCCCAGGCCAUGUCCUUGACUGAGGAUGUACUUGCUGCUGCUCUGGCUGACCACCUCCCGGAGGACAAGUGGAGCUCUGAUAAGAGACGUCCUCUCAAGUCCAGUUUGGGCUAUGAGAUCACCUUCAGUUUACUCAAUCCAGACCCCAAGUCCCAUGACGUCUACUGGGACAUUGAAGGGGCUGUCCGACGCUAUGUGCAGCCCUUCCUGAAUGUCCUUAGUGCUGUUGGCAACUUCUCUGUGGAUUCUCAGAUCCUUUACUAUGCGAUGUUGGGGGUAAAUCCCCGUUUUGACCCAGCCUCAUCCAGCUACUACUUGGCUAUGAAUAGCCUCCCCCAUGUCAUAAACCCAGUGGAGUCCCGUCUAGGAUCGAGUGCUACCUCCCUGUACCCUGUGCUCAACUUUCUACUCUAUGUGCCUGAGCUUGCUCACUCCCCCCUAUAUAUUCAGGACAAGGAUGGGGCUCCAGUGGCCACCAACGCCUUCCAUAGUCCCCGCUGGGGUGGCAUUAUGGUGUAUAAUGUUGACCCCAAAGCCUAUAAUUCCUCGGAGCUGCCAGUAAGAGUUGAGGUGGACAUGGUACGAGUGAUGGAGGUGUUCCUGUCUCAGUUGCGUCUGCUUUUUGGGAUUGCUCAGCCCCAGGUACCUCCAAAAUGCCUGCUUUCAGGACCUAAGAGUGAAGGACUAAUGACCUGGGAACUCGAUCGGCUGCUUUGGGCUCGGUCAGUGGAGAAUUUGGCCACAGCCACCACCACUCUCACCUCUCUGGCCCAGCUUCUUGGCAAGAUUGGCAACAUUGUCAUUAAGGAUGAUGUGGCAUCUGAGGUAUACAAGGCUGUAGCUGCAGUCCAGAAGGCAGCAGAGGAGUUGGCCUCUGGGCACCUGUCAUCUGCCUUCGUUGCCAGUCAAGAAGCUGUGACAUCUUCUGAGCGUGCCUUUUUUGAUCCUUCACUUCUCCACCUCCUUUAUUUCCCUGAUGAUCAGAAAUUUGCCAUCUACAUUCCACUCUUCCUCCCUAUGGCCGUGCCCAUCCUCCUGUCACUGGUUAAGAUUUUCCUGGAAGCCCACAAAUCCUGGAAAAAGCCUGAGAAGAUAGACUGAGUGGGGCAGUAUCUCAGUAGAAAGCCUGCUUUUAUGGCCAAAGUGAGAGGUAUUAGAUUGAGAGGCACAUAACUGGGGCCUACUGGGGACAACUUAUGUAUCUCCAGUCUCCUCCAUUGGCUCUCCAGCUGCUGAAGUACAACACUCCAAGUUGUGUUAA